CCUCAUCCACCAUUAGACAACCUCUCACAUCAAACACAGACACCUAUAAACCCUCUUACAUUCAUUAUCUUUUCUUCUGCAUAAUUACAAAACUUUCUAUUUUCAUGUCUUUCCUCCCACCUGAACCCAUGUUCUUUGGCUAUGAAGAUCACAACCAUCAUCAUAAUCACUUCCAAGGUGUGGAACCAGUGAUGUUGAGAUCGAUGUCAUAUAAUUCCGGGAGAGAGAGGUGUCAUGAAGAAGUGAACGACGGUGAGACGUCGGACGAUGAGGGGUCACAGCUGGGAGAAAAGAAGAGGAGGCUGAACCUUGAACAGGUGAAGGCUCUAGAGAAAAGCUUUGAGUUAGGAAACAAGCUCGAACCGGAGCGAAAACGGCAACUGGCUCGGGCUGUAGGGUUGCAGCCAAGACAAGUGGCUAUAUGGUUUCAAAACAGAAGGGCUCGGUGGAAGACCAAACAGUUGGAGAAAGAUUACAAUGUGUUGAAGACACAAGUUGACUCCAUUAAAGCUGAUAAUGAUAAACUCAAGAACCACAAUAGCAAACUUCAUGCACAGUUGAUGGCUUUAAAGGGUCAAGAAUCAAACAAGGUUAGAGCCAUGAUGAAUUUAAACAAAGAAACAGAAGGAUCUUGGAGCAAUGGAAGUGAAAACAGUUGUGAAGACAACACGACGAUAUUUUACACACAAAUUUCUAACAAUUUUUCAACCAGUUCGUCGAUGAUCGGAGGUUUAACGCCACCAUAUCUCCUCGGUCAACCGUUGAGUCAGACGUCGGUCACCGGAGAUGAAGGAUUCUGCAACAUGCUUAAUGUUAUAGAGGAUCAACCAGCUUUCUGGCAGUGGCCGGAGGCUGAGCAGCAAAACCAACAUCUUCCAUGAAAUAUAUAUAUAUAUUUCAAUAAGUUUCUCACGAAAUUUCUUAUUUUUCUUCACAUUUUUUUAGAAUCAUGCAUACACUUGCAUUCUGCAUUUUGAUUAAUUGGUGUAAAUUUGUGCAUUCAAUCUGAUAAAUUAGUUCUUGGUGUCGUUUUUUGAUGAAAA